AUGUGUCCCCUGCAGCGUCCCCGGCCAUCUCCUCCGGCCGAUGCAGGCAUCCAUCUUCCAGGAUCUGGUCCCUGCGAGCGUCGGGAUGUACGGGGACCAGAACCGGCGGGAAAUUUAAAAAUUUUAAAAAGUGACAUUCACUAAUACACUAAAAUCACAUAUGUUUUGACCUGUGCCCUGCCUGCAUUUUUACUGUUCUUUCUGCCUGGAAACUGAGAAACGUCCAUGGUGUCCAAAAAGCGGCCCUUUAUGUCAAAAGUGGUUUUUAGACCAGCUAAAAUACAGUGAUAGUAAAUCACAACCACUUGCAGAAUUGA